AUGGGCAUGGGCACGGGCAUGGCUUCUCCCUUGCUUUCCUGCGCCAUCAUGGCGCUCCUGGCCUCCGUGCUCCCCCCUCCAUCCGUCGCCGGCGACCCCGACCUGCUCCAGGACAUCUGCGUCGCCGACCUCUCUUCCGCCGUGAAGGUGAAUGGGUUCGCGUGCAAGGCCACGGUGACCGAGGACGACUUCUACUUCAAGGGGCUGGGCGCCGCCGGCAACACCAACACCACCUACGGCUCCGUGGUGACCGGCGCCAACGUGGAGAAGGUGCCCGGGCUCAACACCCUGGGCGUUUCCAUGGCGCGCAUCGACUACGCGCCCGGCGGGCUCAACGCGCCGCACACCCACCCGCGUGCCACCGAGAUGGUCUUCGUCCUCGAGGGCGCGCUCGACGUCGGCUUCAUAACCACCGGCAACAAGCUCGUCUCAAAGACCAUCAGCGCCGGCGACGUCUUCGUGUUCCCGCGCGGCCUGGUCCAUUUCCAGAAGAACAACGGCGCCGGCCCCGCCUCCGUCAUCUCGGCCUUCAACAGCCAGUUCCCCGGCACACAGUCCCUCGCCAUGACGCUCUUCGCGGCCACGCCGCCGGUGCCUGACCACGUGCUCACGACGGCGUUCCAGGUCGGCACGAAGGAGGUGGAGAAGAUCAAGUCCAGGCUCUCCCCGAAAAAGGCCUGA